AUGUUCCUCUCCAGCUUGUUGGGAAGCUCCUCGGGGCGAAAGGGCUCAUAUCAGUCCAACAAAUCAUCCAAGUCGUCGAAACGAGCACAGGAGACAUCCCCAUCGCCCUCGACCUCACCAUCUCGCAGUCACGAUGCCCCCUGCUACGAUUACCUCUCGGACGAGUCCCACCUCCGCCCUGCUGAGCAGCCCUCCGAACAUCUACUCGACCUCAACAAAAGCCUAGAAACCCUUGCCACACUGUUCCCCGACAUCCAGAUUGAGGUUUUCAGAGAGAUGCUCUCGACAUUCUCGGAGGAAUCUCAGCUAUUUGUUGUCACCGACAUGCUGCUGAAGAAUGCUGGUACAUUUGUGAAGGGACGGCGCAGGACUGCCGACGAGUCCGCCGACGAAAAAACGGAAAUAUCGCGGGCCGAGGCUUUCAGGUCGCCAGAGUACAAGGCAGCAGUGAGGUUUCUGGCAUUACAGGAAUUCAAGGGUCUCUCCAAGUCCGCUAUCGACGCUGUUCUCUCCGAGUCGAACUACUGGUACCUUGGCGCUCGACCGACUCUCGUCGAAUUGUCCUCGAGGUCGUGGAAAUUUGCGAUUUCGUCGCUAUUGUUCCGUCGGAAACCCGUCACUUCCGCCGAAGCAGAGGUACAUCCUUUGAUCGUCUGGAGAGCGUCUGAUGAUGGACCGGCAAUACCAUCGCUGAAAUCGACUGGCAGUGCGGAAUUGGACAAGGAACUGUUCCAAGAGCUGAUAAUGCCUCUCAUACAGCGCGAGAAAGCUUCAAAGGAGCAAAGCGACAGAGAGUUUGCGUUGUCCCUCUACACCGAAGAGGCUGAAGCUUGCGGGGCCACAUACGAGUGCGCUUGUUGUUUCACGGAUUCGGUCUUCGAGGAGUUCACCACCUGCAGUACUGAGGGGCAUAUGGUCUGCUUUCGCUGCGUCCGACACUCCAUCACGGAGGCAGUAUUCGGCCAAGGUUGGCAACGCAGCAUCAACAAGGAUACAGGCACGCUCCGGUGUCUCGCUGUUUCGUCUGACGAAUGUACUGGUUGCAUAUCUUCAGACGACAUUCAACAGGCUAUGCGCGAAGAGAAGCAAGGGGCUGAGGUCUUACACAAGUUUGACCAGCGCCUGGCAGACCACGAUCUCAUCUCGAGUGGGCUGUCACUUGUCCGAUGCCCGUUCUGCAAUUAUGCAGAAGUCGAUGAGCUAUACAUGCCAGCCGGGAUGACGAGGCCAAAGCUCCGGAUGAGUAACCUUCCUAACGCCAUCCUAAUCAUCAUCUGUCUCCUCUUCUUUCCCUUUUCUCUUCCCAUCCUGCUUGCUGGGCUCAUCUGCCUUCUCCCUUGCUUGAGUCGCGCCUUCAGGGACUACGUGUCCCAGCAAGCCAAGGCGGCUUUCAGUCGAUACCAGCGUCGCCGUCGCGGCUUGAAGUUCAUAUGCCAAAACCCCAUAUGUGCGCGCCCGUCUUGUUUGUCCUGCUCGAAGGCAUGGAUAGAUAUCCAUGUCUGUCACGAGUCAAGUCUGGUUGCGCUGCGCACGCAGGUCGAGCAGGCGAUGUCUAUGGCGGUCAAGCGCGUAUGUCCGCGCUGCAACACAUCAUUCAUCAAAAACUCCGGAUGCAACAAGCUGUCCUGUCCCUGCGGGUACAAGAUGUGCUAUUGCUGCCGUAAGGAUAUCGGCAAGGACGGAUACCAACACUUCUGUCCACACUUCCGCGUCGAGGGUGAUGGAAGCCCGUGCAAGGAAUGCAACAAGUGCAAUCUUUGGGAGCAAGAGAACACCGACGUGACCCUACGGAGAGCGAAGGAGGAAGUAGAGCGAAAGUGGAGAGAUACUGAGCGGCGUGAGCUCUCUGACGCAGAGAAAGCGUACCUCGAGGAUGACGCAGGCCACCUAAACGUUAAGGAAGGAGUUCUUGGCCGAGUAUUUCCGACUGCCGGACCACCGAGCGUUGAGGAAAUUUUUGAUCUUAUCAUUGAGACGUUGUUCGUGUGA